CUCUGAGCUGCUGGGAGAUAGAUGAAUCCAGAGAAGAAGUUAAGCAAGUGAGGUUUUCUGUGGAAAUCUGUCACAUUUAACACUUUCUGUUAAAAAUUAAACUAAUAAACAUGACUCAGUUAUCACUAUUUAAUACCUUUCAGACAUUUUAGCAGUGGUUUAGCUGAAGCAGAUAAACAGUGCUGGUUAUUUAUUUGUUAUUUUUGUUGUUUUGCUUAACUUGCUGAAAUAUCAGUUAGCUGUCAAAGAGGAUUGUCUGCUCUUGUACUGUGGUUUAUUUGUACUGUUGUUUAGUGGUUUUCAUUCUAGUGUCAUAUCCUAAUUAGAGAGUGUAAUACUAUGGAAUUCAUCUGUACUUCGUCUUUGGCCCUUAAAGAUGCUGACAAAUGUAAAAGAUCUACAAGAUAAAUAAAAUGUUACUUCAGAUGGAACUUAGGCACAUUUCUGCUGCUUUUGGAGCUCAAAGAACUCUUGAAAGUCUUGCAUUUGCUUGUCAGCUAUCUAUAAAUACUACUUAUGAUUUCUUUAUACGUCUGUGUGUAAAUGACAUUAACUUUUAGCGCCACCUUGAGGUGUAACAUUGUAACAGCGCAAACAAUAUUCUGCUGAAUAAUGAACAAAAACCUUCAAAGAAAAACAAAGCAAUGCAAAUCAAAGGAAAGCAAAGAAAGGAAAAGAAAAGAAAAGAAAAGAAAAGAAAAGAAAAGAAAAAGACUGAAACUGUAAGUCUGAACAACAACCAAAAACACAUUACAAAAAACAAACUACAUUACAUCUAAUCAGUAUUUACAUUUUAAGUGUAUUAAUUUAACAAACGCUUUUAAUCUAAAGCAACUUACAAAUGAGGAAAACAACAAACAGUUCAUUUCAAGGUUCACGUCUUAGCAUUUAUGGAGGUAAGAAAGCAUUUAAAGUGAAUUCCAGUUAAAGUAAUUCCAGUGAACUUCUAGUUCUAUUUGCCACCCAAAUACAUGGACAUAUUUCAUUUUUAGAUGUGAAUAGAAAAUUAACUUGGAAACAUGUUUUCGUAUGUAAUAUUUCGUUUAUCCACAAAGGGGCGCUGGUGGUCGUAUUUACAUCUACUCGUCUCAUCGUCACGUCAACCACCUGUUUACUUUCUGUUUAUAAAUGUUAAAGUGAACAUAAAAUGGCGCAGAGUACAGGUAAGAUUUGUUUAACAACCAAAUAUAAAGAUUAUAUUAGCUAAAUGCUAAAUGUAGAUCAGAAUCCAAUGUAAUUCUACUAAAGCAAUGAUUGUAGCUCUUCAUAAUAAAAUUAUUGGGUUUGUUUGUAACCUAAUUAUUUACGACUGGUUUAUAUCGGCCUUAACAGGCCUGCUUAAUUACAUUUGAUUCCUAGAUAUAUUUUGUAAAAUCACAAUACUUGCAGUCUCUUCUAUUUAGAAGCCGUGAUUAUAAUGCAAUAUAUAAUACUGUUAUAGAUAUUGCGUUUAUCGAAAAUAGUGUAAUUUACUCAGCUUUCAGCAUAAAUUGGACACAAAAGUACAGCACUGGUAACUAAUGCAAUUGUUAUAUCAUUGAUACAUUGUUAUGAGACCUGUUUUCUAAAGUUUUGCAUGUUCAUUAGAGUCACUAACAGUUCGUGUUUUGCAGCGGACAGAAGCAGUGCAGAGACUGGUCGCUCCAACAUGGAACCACUUCAAGAACUUCCUGAUGUCAAUCGCUCAUCCAUAAGGAUUGUGCUGCUGGGUAAUGGUGGUGUUGGGAAAAGUGCAACUGGAAACACAAUACUGGGAGAGAAAGUGUUCAGAUCUGCAUUGAGAAUGAAUGCAGUAACCAGUGAAUGUUCAGCUGCUCACACCAUUGUUUCAGACAGAUCUGUAUCUGUUGUUGAUACUCCUGGAUUCACUUGCUUAAGCACUGAGGAGUUAAUGACAGAGAUAGGGAGAAGUGUUUAUUUAUCCAGUCCUGGACCUCAUGCUUUUCUUAUUGUGUUUGCUCUGAAUAUGAGACGCACUUGGAUGGGGCAGCUGACUUUUUAUGAUAUUAAGAAGUUGUUUGGUUGGGAGGUGUUAAAGUAUUCCAUCAUUCUCUUCACUCAUGGAGAUCUGCUGGAAGAAGAUCCCAUUGAGGAACUCAUCAAGGAGUAUGAUGUAAAACUUGCAGUUAAUGAGUGUGGAGGCUGAUUUCAUGUCUUUAACAAUAAGGAUCUGAAUAACAGAGAGCAGGUGAAUGAUCUACUGAAGAAGAUUGACACAAUGAUAGAACAGAAUGAAGGAAAAUAUUACAGUAAUGAGAUGUAUGAAGAUGUUCAGAUAUUUGGAGUUCUAGUAUAAGCGACUAUCUAGACUUGUGUGACUCAGCCAUGAGUUAUAAAAUAUAGAACUGUGAAGUAGCAGAAGUAUGAAUACAAGUUGUAAAAUGUGAA